CCCUGAUGCAGUUCCACACCUUUCCGUUAUAGCAGCGGUAGUGCGGAUAGCUCCGGUUAAAGGAGGAAGGCAAGAGCUGAGUCAAUUUAUCGACUCUGAAGGACAAAAACAGCGUGACCAGAGUUUCUCUUACGGGGUAUUUCUGGCCACGGACAAGCAGGGAUAUAUUUUACGAAGUUAUUCCCUAGUAGCGCGGUAAAGUGUCCCGACGUAAAGCUGGUGUUUCUCUCCCCCCGACAGCAGUGGAGAGAACAAGGGCGCACCCGGUGAGGAGGACCGCCACAUCCUAACACCAGAGGAAAUUCUCUUCAAGUAUCGCGGCUUUUGUUGGAGGUCCUUUUUACCCACACAGUGAAUCUUCUCUGCAGUUUCCAGUCAUCGCGGCCUGUACCUUUAUCUUCAUUUUUACUGAACAAUGAACGACCUGCAACAGCUGCUGCCAAGUUCUUAGUCUGAUCGUGUCAUGUUGCGUGUAGGCCAAGAAGACAUUAUCUGAGCAUAAAUGCCCCUGCACCUAACAAGAUCCAGACAGACUUUAAGGUGAAAAGUCAAGCAUGUGUGUAUAUUUCUGACUUUUGUUCCCAAGUAAACAAAAUAUCCAUUCACUUCAUGGUUUCACCAGUAAGUCUAUAUUAAACUGAGCUGCAUUCCAAGUGACCAUCAAAACAUUAUCACAUUUUCUCCUUGGGAACAAAGUAUUUAUGCUCAAGAGUUCAAAAUGGGGAAAAUGCUGUCAAAAAUCUUCGGCAACAAGGAGAUGAGAAUACUAAUGCUCGGACUUGAUGCUGCUGGAAAAACAACAAUCCUUUACAAACUGAAACUGGGACAGUCUGUGACCACAAUCCCCACAGUUGGCUUCAACGUGGAAACUGUCACUUACAAAAAUGUCAAGUUCAACGUCUGGGAUGUAGGAGGCCAGGACAAGAUCCGUCCCCUGUGGCGACACUACUACACUGGGACCCAGGGCUUAAUUUUUGUGGUGGAUUGCGCAGACAGGGAUCGCAUUGACGAAGCGCGACAGGAACUUCAUCGCAUCAUCAAUGACCGCGAGAUGAGAGAUGCCAUGAUCUUGAUAUUUGCCAAUAAGCAAGACCUUCCGGAUGCCAUGAAGCCACAUGAAAUACAAGAGAAGCUCGGAUUGACCCGAAUCAGAGAUAGGAAUUGGUAUGUUCAGCCCUCCUGUGCGACCACAGGUGAUGGACUGUAUGAGGGUCUGACAUGGUUAACUUCAAAUUACAAGUCUUAAUGAUUGAGUGCUGACUGUUUUAGGUCAAAACUACAAUGUUGCAAGUAACAAUUUACUCUUCAAAAUGAGAAUGCUUAAGAAAAGUUGAUUAUCUCAAUUUAUUUUUAUUACGUUUAUCUUUUGACUAAUUUAUCUUUAACUGGGUUUGCCGGCUUAAAGUUUGCUUACUUUCUGUAGCAGGCAUAUAUCACAUUCUUUUUUGCUUGGGCUUUUUGAGAUAAAAAAAAAUGGGGUUAACUGGUUUCUAAGGUUAAAACCACAGAGAUCACCACCUUUGCCUGUUCUUUUGUUUCUAUUUUAUAUCUUUUAUUUCUCUUGAGUUCAUUCUUGGACUUGAGAUGUUUCACAGUCCUUUUGACUCUGUUGGGAUAAACUUUGACAUUGAGCUCUUUAUUUGUCAUGUAGCCUACUUGAAGGACGCAGUACUGUGAUUUAUAGUUUUCCUUCUCUGGUAUUGAAAAGAACUGGGGUAAACGCAAGAAAAAGAAAACAUUGCCCAUGUUUACAUGUCGCAACACAUUUUCUUACCCCAAAUACAAUUACGUGGGCUUUUCUAGUUAACUGAUUGACCUAUGUCAUGUCUCUAUAAUGUGCAGAGUAUUAAACAGGCCAUCGGUAACCUCAGCUCUGACCUCUCAAUCUGAUACCACAGCUGAAAAGUCUCAGUAUUGGGACAUUAUAUGAUUGCUUAUAUCUGUAGCAUGAGUACAUAAGUACAUUAACCCAACAUCAGAGUCCAUUCGUUGGCGCAGUCAGAACAGAAAGCUGUUAAGAAGUGAGAUGUUGAACAACAGCCUGUGGUGCAGGUCCUAUUCCUUAUUUGACUGGGGGAACUAUGUACAGAACAAUGUCAUUGUAAUGUCUUAUUAAAAAAGUGAUUUUAAAUCUUUUA